AUGCAGUGGUGGGAUCGCUGCUUGUUGCAGCUGUGGGUGGUGGUGGAUGCAUUAGGAGCAGGUGUGGAUGGGUCUCUGUAUGGUGCUACAAGGGGCUGCAUUGACCCUCGAGCCAGAUUUAUUGCAGCACCUUCCCACUGCCCGCUCAGUCCUUUUCCUGUGGGAUGGUGCUUGUGCGGAGGGAGGGUCCAGGGCGGCUGCGAGGGCUGUGCCGGCCCGUCCAGGUGUGCGGGGAGGAAUGAAUGCCAACCCUGCGUCACGGGCACCCCCUCCUCCCUCCCAGCUGGGAUAAAGCUCGUCCUCACCUGGGAUCCAAUCUCAUUUAUCGCAGCUCCCACCUUCCUCCCUGCCAGCCCCUCGGGAGGAAGAGGCGGCAGCCCCGGGACAGCGAGGGGAGCGAGAACAAAGUCGAUAUUUGACUGGAGGGUACAGAAAUCGGCGGGGAGUUAUGUGGGAUCGCGGGCUCGCUGCCCUCCCCGCCGGACCGGGAGUUGACGUUUAACCGGAAAGAGAAAAGGGACAGAAAAUAGAGAGGAGGGGAAAAAAAAAAGAAAAAAAGAAAAGAAAAAAAAGAAAAGAAAAGGCCAAAGCUGGAAAUCAAGUUGCAGCAGUGAACCAGCACGUUCCCCCUCUGCCUUUGGAAGAAUUUCUUGGCUUGGUGUGUGGGUGCCUGUUAUUCGGGCUGCGGCAGAGGAUUUGGACACUGAGUCAGACCCAGCGCUAAUGAGGAGGAAGAGGAUGGAUGUGCUGGCGCUGGCGUGUGCCAGACUGCUCCUCCUGUCCCUGCUCUGUGCCACCGGCCUCUGCCAAUGGAACAAAAAUAACCGCUGUGUGCUGUCCCGGGCAAAGAGCUGCACCGAGUGCAUCCGAGUGGAUAAGGACUGCUCCUUCUGCACCGAUGAGAGCUUUGAGGAGCCGCGCUGUGACUUGCGGGAGAACCUGCAGCGUUACGGCUGCGGGGAGGGCAGCAUCGUGAGCACCCGCGGCCAGAUGCAGACACAGAAGAAUUCCAGUAUCAACACAUCCCUGAAGAGGACCCAGGUGUCCCCCCAGGGCAUGUACCUGCGGCUGCGAGCUGGGGAGGAGAUGAGCUUCAACAUGGAUGUCUUCCAGCCCUUGGAGAGCCCUGUGGAUCUCUACAUCCUCAUGGACUUCUCCUACUCUAUGUCUGAUGAUCUGGACAACCUCAAAAGCAUGGGCCAAAACCUAGCGGAGUUCCUGCAAGAACUGACCUCCAAUUACACCAUCGGAUUCGGCAAGUUUGUGGACAAAGUCUCUUCCCCUCAGACAGACAUGAGACCUGAGAAGCUGCGCGAGCCCUGGAACAACGCCGACUCCCCCUUCUCCUUCAAGAACGUCAUCCGCCUGACCAGCAACAUCAACCACUUCAGCCAGGAGCUCCGCAAGGAGCGCAUCUCCGGCAACCUGGACGCCCCUGAGGGCGGCUUUGAUGCCAUCCUGCAGACAGCUGUUUGCAAGGAUAAGAUUGGCUGGAGAAAGGACAGCACUCACCUGCUCGUGUUCUCCACCGAAUCUGCCUUUCACUACGAAGCUGAUGGUACCAACGUCCUGGCAGGGAUCCUGGCAAGAAACGAUGAGCAGUGUCACCUAGACAGCCGUGGCACCUACGUGUAUGACACCAAGCAGGACUAUCCUUCAGUGCCCACCCUGGUGCGCCUGUUGGGCCAACACAACAUCAUCCCCAUCUUUGCUGUCACCAACCACUCCUACAGCUACUAUGAGAAGCUGCACAAGUAUUUUCCCAUCUCUGAGAUUGGGGUGCUCCAGGAGGACUCUUCCAACAUUGUGGAGCUGAUCCGUACAGCCUUUGAGCGCAUCCGCUCCAAGAUGGACAUCAGGGCUGACUUCACUCCCAGGGCCAUGAAGACAGAGUUCACCUCCACGAUGUAUGAAAAGACAGAAUCUGGCUCCUUCCACAUCACCCGUGGGCAAGUGGGCAAGUUCAAGAUGCACGUGAAGGCACUGGAGUACGUUGGUGGGCAGCACGUGUGCAGCCUCCCCGAGAGGGACCGGCAGGGAGUUAUCCAAGUGAAACCCACAUCCCUGAGCGACAGCCUCACAGUCUCAACCUCGGUCGUCUGUGACGUGUGUCCUUGUGAACAGCAACAAGAGCUGAACUCGCCCAAGUGCAGCUUCCAUGGGAACUUUGUUUGCGGGCAGUGCAUCUGCCACCCGGGCUGGCGAGGGGACACGUGCGACUGCUCCCCGGCGUCGUCCCCCAACAACGAGGCCUGCAUCCGCCCCGGGGACGUGGAGCCGUGCUCGGGAAGGGGCGAGUGCCUGUGUGGGAAGUGCCAGUGCUACUCCGAGGACCUGGUGCAGCGCUUCGACGGGGCCUUCUGCGAGUACGACGUCCUGCAGUGCCCGCGCACCUCCGGCUUCCUCUGCAACGAUCGUGGUCGCUGCUCCAGGGGCGCCUGUGCGUGUGAGAGUGGCUGGGAGGGCCCGGGCUGUGAAUGUCCCACCAGCAACGACACCUGCAUCGACAGCAGAGGGGGCAUUUGCAACAACCAUGGGAGGUGCGAAUGUGGCAGAUGCAUCUGUGACAUGGCCUCGCUGUACACCAGCUCCACCUGUGAAAUCAGCUACUCCCUGGGCUUCCAGGCUGUGUGUGAGAGCAUCCGGGACUGCGUCCGCUGCCAGACCUGGGGCACAGGCAGCUUGAAAGGGAACUGCAGCACGUGCCACCUCCAGAUCCAGAUGGUGGAAGAGCUGAAGAAAGAGGAGGCUGGUGAGUACUGCUCCUUCCAGGAUGAGGAUGAUGACUGCACCUACCACUACUCCCUGGAGGGAGACCCCAGUGUCCUCCCCAACACCACCGUCCGUGUGCAGAAGAAUAAAGAGUGCCCACCAAGGAGCUUCUUUUGGCUCAUCCCGCUGCUCAUCUUCCUCAUCCUGCUCCUGGGGCUGCUGCUGCUGCUCUGCUGGAAGUUCUGUGCCUGCUGCAAGGCUUGCCUGGCCCUGCUUCCCUGCUGUGCACGAGGUCGCACCGUUGGCUUCAAGGAGGAUCACUACAUGCUUCGGCACAGCCUCAUGUCCUCCGACCACCUGGACACGCCCAUGGUGCGCAGUGGAUCCCUCAAGGGUCGGGAUACAGUCCGCUGGAAGAUCCACAACAAUGUCCACAAGCAGGGCUUUGCCUCCCCCGCUGCCACCAACCCCAAAGACCUCAUUCCCUAUGGGCUGUCUCUGAGGCUGGCAAGGCUCUUCACGCAGAACCUGACGAAGCCGGACACCCGGGAGUGCGAGCAGCUGCGCAAGGAAGUGGAGGAGAACCUGAAUGAUGUUUUCAAGCACAUCCCUGGCUGCCACAAGCUCCAGCAGACCAAGUUCAGGUUACAGCCCAAUUCUGGGAAAAGGCAGGAUCACACCAUUGUGGACACAGUGCUCACUGCUCCUCGCUCAGCCAAGCCAGACAUCAUCAAAGCUGUGGAAAAACACGUUUCCCACGAGGCUUUCAACGACCUGAAGGUUGCGCCGGGUUAUUACACUGUGACCUCAGACCAAGAUGCUCAGGGGAUGGUGGAGUUCCAGGAGGCCGUGGAGCUGGUGGAUGUCCGUGUCCCACUCUUUAUCAGGGAGGAGGAUGAUGAUGAGAAGCAGCUGCAGGUGGAGGCCAUCGAGGUCCCCAACGGCAUCGCAAAGAUUGGGCGCAGGGUUGUCAACAUCACCAUCAUCAAAGAACAAGCCAGCAGCCUCAUCACCUUCUUGCAGCCAGCCUAUUCCCACAGCCGCUUUGACAAGCUGGCCAAGAUCCCCGUCCUCCGGGAGAUCAUAGACAACGGGAAAUCCCAAGUCACCUACAGGACCCGGGACCUCACCGCCAAGAAUGGCAGGGACUAUCUCUUCACAGAGGGUGAACUGGUCUUCCAGCCUGGGGAGACCCGAAAGGAGGUGCAGGUGCCCUUGCUGGAGCUGACUGAAAUAGAUACCCUCCUAAACAACUGCCAGCUCAAGCAAUUUGCCGUCGACCUCCUCCACCCCAAGUACGGCGCCAAGAUCGGCCGAUACCCCCAGACCACGGUGACCAUCGCCGACCCAGAACUGGUGGAUGGUGUCCCCUCGAUGACUGGCCUGGCCCAAGUCCCCCAGUCCCCCAAAGGCCGCCUGAGUGCACCACUUAAUCCCAAUGCCCGCGCCCUCAGCUCCAGGGAAAUCAGCUUCAACUGGUUUCCUCCACCGGGAAAAUCUCUGGGGUACAAGGUGAAAUACUGGAUCCAAGGGGACCCCGAGUCAGAAGCCCAUCUCAUUGAUGUCAAAACACCAUCAGCAGAGCUGAGUAACCUCUACCCCUUCUGUGACUAUGAGAUGCAAGUCUGUGCCUACAACACCCUGGGUGAGGGGGCUUACUCUGACAUCAUCCACUGCCGCACACUGGAGGAGGUGCCCAGCGAGCCUGGUCGCUUGGCUUUCAAUGUUGUGUCUUCCACUGUGACACAGCUGAGCUGGGCUGAGCCUGCGGAAACCAACGGGGAGAUCACGGCUUAUGAAGUCAGUUAUGGACUUGUCAACGAGGACAACAUACCCAUCGGCCCGGUGAAGAAGGUGCUGGUUGAGGACCCGAAGAAGCGCAUGGUGCUGAUCGAAAACCUGCGGGAGUCGCAGCCCUAUCGCUACACAGUGAGGGCCAGGAAUGGUGCUGGCUGGGGGCCUGAGAGAGAAGCCACCAUCAACCUUGCCACGCAGCCCAAGCGCCCCAUGUCCAUCCCCAUCAUCCCUGACGUCCCCAUCGUUGAUGCAGAGGGAGGUGAGGACUACGACAGCUACCUGAUGUACAGCACGGAUGUGCUCCGCUCUCCGGCCGGCAGCAAGCGCCCCAGUGUCUCUGAUGAUUCAGAGCACUUGCUGAACGGCCGCGUGGACUUCUCCUUCCCUGGCAGUGCCAGUGGCUCCCUGACCAGGACAACCAACACCAGCUACCACCAGCUGAGCUCCCACGUGCAUCAGGAGCACAGGGUGAUGGGGAGCUCCUCGCUGACAAGAGAGUACUCCACGAUGCAGAUGGGGCAUGAUUACCCAGGGACACUCCUCCCUCCCAUCCGUGAAGAUGCUGGGAGGACAAUCCCACAGCCCUGGGAUGUGGGUUUCAGGAGCAGGGCAAAGGUGAAGGGUUACUACCCCAGCAUUGGCUUUCGGGACUCUAUAAACAUGACUGAUGGGUCCACAGGGAUUUGCAAGUACAUAGACUCCAGGAAGCCUCUGGGCAUCCCUGACACCCCCACACGCCUGGUGUUCUCUGCCCUGGGACCCACCUCCCUGAAGGUGAGCUGGCAGGAGCCGCGCUGCGAGAAGGAGGUGCAGGGCUACAGUGUGCAGUACCAGCUGCUCAGUGGAGGAGAGGUGAACAGAAUCACCAUCCCCAACCCCAGCCAGAACUCAGUGGUGGUAGAGGACCUGCUGCCCAACCACUCCUACAUCUUCAAGGUGAAGGCACAGAGUGAGGAAGGCUGGGGCCCCGAGAGGGAAGGAGUCAUCACCAUAGAGUCCCAGGUGGACCCGCAGAGCCCGCUCAGUCCUGUACCAGGCACACCCUUCACACUGAGCACCCCCUGUGCUCCUGGACCACUGGUUUUCACAGCCCUCAGCCCAGACUCCCUUCACCUCAGCUGGGAGAGACCCCGUGAGCCCAACGGGCCCAUCUUGGGCUACAGGAUCACCUGUGAGAUGCUGCAUGGAGGAGGGGAGCCCAGGACAAUCUAUGUCGAAGGAGACAAUCUGGAAACCACCCUGACUGUGCCCCACCUGAGUGAGAAUGUCCCAUACAAGUUCAAAGUGCAAGCCAACACCACCCAAGGCUUUGGGCCAGAGAGAGAAGGCCUCAUCACCAUUGAAUCUCAGAACAGAGGUGCUUUCUCCCAGUUUGGAGGACAGCAGUACAUGAGGGAAGAAGUGUACAAAUUCCCCACUGAAUACACCACCAAAACCAGCAUCAGCCAUUCCUCUUUGGAUCCCCACUUCACAGACGGAAUGCUCGUGACGAGCCAGCGAGUGGAGAACACCAGCAGCACCCUCACCCAGGAGUUUGUGAGCAGGACCGUGAUGUCCAGCGGGACCCUCACCAAGCAGGUGGAGAGGCAGUUCUAUGAGGCCUGAGCGGGGGCAGGCUGAGCACCAGCGGGACAUUCGGGAUCACGUGGCAGAACUUUGUGGAACAACCCAAGGGCGCUUCCUCCAGACGCUGCUGCGGUGCCUGGGCAGCUCCUGCUGUGGGUACAGACCCUCCCUGGCACUCCAGGCUCUGGACUUCUCCUUUGGAGCCCAGUGCAAUCAGAGCUCUGGCACAGCUCGGUCAUCAGGUGUGUGAUCAUCAAGCUCAUCCUUCAGGGUGGAAAUUUGGGGGUCUCCAUGGCUCCAGCCUCCCCAGGUGGAUGAGCUCUAUGCUGAAUGUAGAGGCUACACUGGGACUGUGGCUGCUGAGAAACAUGAAUAACUGGAAGAAAUUUGUUAAGGGCUCGAUUCAAAAGGCACUUGAACCCUGGGAUGAGCCUGUUGAUGAGCUGGUGGGCUCUGCCUUGGACUUUAUAUCCUCAAGCACCAGAGACUCCUGCAGAAGGGUGCAAGUGGCCAAACCUGCUCACUGCAGGGCAUCCCCCAGCCAAGUGCUUUCCAACCAUGGCACGUGGGCACAGAAGGGGCUGGAGGCUGCCCAAAGGUGAGGGAUGGGGAUGGCCCAUGGAGGUGGGAACAGUGCUGGGCUUUCUUACAUGGCUGAUGUGGACAGUGUGAGAUUUCAGGGCAGAUGAUGCUGGGUAUCUUUUAAAAGACUUCUUGUCCAGCAGCAACAUCCACAAAGGGACCUGUGAUCCACCAGUAAGCACAAGGGAAGAGCAAACCUGGGAACAGGAGGUGCUCCCAUCAUCCUGAGACUCCUUCAGUCUCAGCUUCAGCUCUCCUUGCACAGUGCUGGGCUGAGCUGAGACCUUGCUGGCCUUCAUUUCCUGGCUCUGGGCACGAUGCCCAGCACCUCCCUGCCCUCUGCCAGUGAGAACAAUUGAGCAGCACGUUUCCCUGGCGUGUUCCAGCUGCAUGGGAGCAGGCGAGGAGCCUGCGGAGAGCCAGGAGCCUGCCCGGAGCAGCAGCUGCCACUGCCCCAGGCUAGAGCUUCCAACCAAAA